UCGUAAUAAAAAUAUAUUUUGACUCGUUUAUUCGUAUUAGCAAAAAUUUUAAAAUGUCUUCCUCUGCUGAGGAUAAAGGUCCUAAUCUUUCUGAACAAGCAACAAAAUGCUUGGAUAAUGGAGAUGUAGACAAUUAUAGGCUUGAAUAUACUAAACAGUGGGUUAACAAUCUUCCCUGCGAUGUGGUCCCGUUAGAAGAACUAGACAAUUUCGAGGCCCGUUGUCAAACAGAACAAAUCUCUACUAAAGCAAACAAAAAGAAAAAAGCCAACGUGGUUCCUAAGAAAAAGCCGGGAGCACUAAAUAUUGCAUUAAAGCGAGUACAAAUGAGCACAAAGGGUCCAUCGGAAAACGCACAAACAACAAAUUCAGAGUGUAUAGCUGAAGAACUAACGCGGUCGGAAAAAGUGAAAGUAAUAAUUAAAAAAUUGGUAUGCCAAAAUACUUAUUUAGCAGAUCCAAAAACAAAAAUGUAUCCAGAAAAUCCAGUACCCAUGGACAACUUGCUGCGCCAAGAAAUAGAGAUGUACAGAACGCAAAAGGCACUUAAUCAAAUAGAGAUACUCUGGAAAUUUCAGUCAUCAUAUUUGCUAAGAAAUUGCAAUCAAUUUCCGAGACAAGUUGAAAUGUCCAACAAUCAAAAAUAUAUGUACAGACAAUUAAUCAAUGAUGGAACAUUACCAAAAAUGAUAAUCCAAUACAUAAAAAUUUUAGAGAAACGCAAGCUAGAAAGUGAAGAUAAUGGUAUUGGUAAAAAUAUAACUUGGACACUGCAGCCAAAUGAUGAUAUUCAAUCAAAAGUGGAGACACGUACAGAAAAAGAAGUAGAGAGUACUAAAGUGGCAAAUAAUGGCAAAGCUGAAAAUAAUAAGAAAAACGUAAAGAGCAAACCAUAUUCCAAAUCACAUAAAACGAAAGAAGCCAAAGCUCCUAAAGUUUUAGGGAAGGGAAAACUGUGGGCGUUAAAGUUAAUUGGUGAUGCUAACUUGACACAAAGUCAAGAAGAUCAUCUAAUAACUGAAAAAAUGUUAGAAAGGGAACGAAGGCUAUCGUCACAAAUAACCACCAGUUUCUCAAGUAGUACACUGACAGAAGGUGAAAGUAGGGAAACAUUAGUAGCACAGCCGAUAUCAGUUAUAGACAACAAGCCAUCAACAGGAAACAAAAAAUGGUUAAAAUGCAGGACAAGAAAACAAAAUCAGGUGCCUCCAUCUACAACGACAUUAGAAAGCGAUUGGGUUCCAAAACAGCGCCAAAAGAAAAUGAAAUGUAAACGCAAUCUUCAUUGUAAACAAAAAGAAUAUAGUGAAAUAUACACAACAAGCGAACCACCAACACAUGCGGAAAGCUAUAAAUCAACAGGAAUGACCUCUACAUUUUCAAAUAAAAAAUUUGGAAUGGCCAAGAAAUGUAGUAAUCCAAAAAGUCUACGUAUCAUUGAAAAAGCACGUAUGCUUAGAACCAGUGAUACUAAUUCUGUAAUGGCAAGUAGAUUGAAAUAUAAGGGGGCUUCUAAGCGAAUAACAAAGAAGAUCAUAUCGCAAAUGCCUAACCAAAAUAAAACUUAUUUCUAUGAGAUAGAAAAGGGAUUCAAAAAGUUUUUAAUGCAAAAUACAUCUUUUGAUUUUUCGCAUAAUAAACAUAAAAAAGAUGAAGAAAAGAAACCUGUUCCGAGAAUGCAACCUUGGAUGCGAAAAAUCUUCGGACGCAGUAAAAAUACACAAAAAGAACGUUCUGUGGUGAAGAAAUUCGCUUGGCCUAGUGAAGAUAAAAUUCUUUCGGAAAAAAUAAUGAAACUAGCUAAAGAAGGUAUAUUUAUUGACCCACAUGCUCCAGUUUAUCAACCAACAGAAAAUAUCAAAAUUUACAGAAUGUAUAAUCGCAAAGAUGACUCAGAGAGUGAUAUUUGUAUGCACGGAUGCAUGGAAAGUCAUGAAAAAUUUGUCGUAGAACUCUAAUCGCCAAAAAAAAAUCACCUGGGUUAAGCAUACAAGCAAUAUAUUAAGCAUAUAAUCACAUCAACCAUAAUCAAGCAUAAAUGGAUUAUCAAGGAAAGAUUAAGACGGACAUUUAAGUUACAAUUUGAUCAUUUAGUUCAAUUAAUCUAAUUUAGCUAAUGGUUUUGGAAAUAAAUACUAUUUUAUAAAAAAAAUUUUUUGUUAGAAAUAAACGUUUAAA